AUGUCAGAUACGCUACAUACGCUACAUCAAGGCGACAUUUUGAAUUCCAGUGACGUCAGGAAGACGAUCUAUAUUCUGGCCCUGAAUCAACUGGACGGAAAGAUCGACCUGGCAAACAGGGCUGCCAAGAACUUUACCUCGUUGUAUUACGCGUAUAAGUACGCGAGACCAAUUUUCGGAUACACAUACAUGGAAGAACCGAAAAGCGACAAUCGGUACAUCGCGCCAAAGUACUUGAUGAAAGAAUCUUUUAGUCACGACUUUUACUCGCGAAAGUUUAGCAAACGUGUUGGUUACGAUAUCAGGAAGUUCAAGGCCGCGCUGCUCAACUAUAGAGAACUGGUCAAUGAGGCUUAUUACAACCAGACGCUGAACGACACGAAAAUUUAUCUCGCCAAUGUGAACUUCCUAUUCCGAGGAAGACUAUACCACCACAGCAAGAGCGCUUUUUACGCAUUCACUGUCGACUACCCUUUGCAAGUUCUUCAGAAACGAAUACAGACUCUACAGGACACGUACGAUCAAUUUGCCAUCAUCGUAAAGAACACUGAGGAGACUCUGGAAAGUAUAUUGACCAAAUUAACAGUGCUGGAAUCUACGAUAUUGAAAGAAUUGGACUUUGCACUGUUGCUUUCGGAGAUGUACGUAAAUUACCGGAAUGUCACGAAACUGCGGGUCGCUUUGGAGAUCACGUCGCCGAAGAUUAAGGAAGGCAUACACGCCAUAACAGUGUUUUUUCAAAACCUUCGAGCACGUGGUCAAAAGGUUUACGACGAGUGGAAACAGUUGACACAGACGACGAAUGACAUAUGGGACAUUGCGAUAAACGACAAAGACAUGCGCAUCUACUUCGAAUACAAAAAUGUGACGUUAUUUCUACAAAACUUUACGGAACUGGCGUCCAAUAUAGAGAGGAAUUUCACGCAGUACAGGGACGCAUUUGACUUCCGGUUUCUUGUAGGCAAUGCCGACAUCGCGUUCACUGAUAGACUGGAAUCACUGAUUACUCUGAUGUCAGAAUAUGUCGCAACAAGCAACGUGGACAACAAUUUUAUCAGGGAAAACUUCCUACAACUGGAUAUAUUUUAUCGAGAACGAAGUUACGAACAGAUCACUCAGCAAGUGGCCUACGACGUAUUUGCUUUGUUAUGUGAUAUCGGCGGCUCCAUGGGUCUGUUUGUUGGGGCCAGUGUCCUAACGGUGUUCGAACUCUUUGACCUCAUCGCACACCAGUCCAUCUACAGAGUGACGCAUGCGCAUAAAUAGAUUAUACAGUGACGUAUACGCACAUAUAGAUUAUAUAGUGACAUAUGCGCAUAUAUAGAUUACAUACUGACGUAUGUGAAUAUAUGGUAGUAAUAAACCUAAUAAUUUCCGGCAGGGUCAAAGUUCGAGGUGCACCGAACUUUUGAUACAGAAGUUAACACCACAGGUCCCGGUAUUGGUGGUAAACGUGAGUGUGUUGGUUGUAAAAAUAAAUAGUUUCAUCCGGA